AUGGUGACAGAGAAGAACGCUGGCAGUGACCCAUUGCAGCAAUCAGCAUGGUCGAACUCGCAAGUCCACGAUCAUGACGAGAUCGCGGAACACGAACACGAUCCAAAAGCCGAUAACAAUUCCACCACCAAAUCACUACCACAGAAUUUCAUUGACUUCGUGACUUACAUACCACCAUGGUGUCGCUAUGAUCCUACGCAACCUCCCAGGUUCUCCAUCUGGUACAAUGUGCUCUUUGCCUUCGCCGGUGCCUUCACCGUGGGAAAUCUGUACUACAAUCACCCAAUCUUGAACAUCCUCGCCCAAGAUUUCGACGUGCCUUAUGUCAAAGUGUCUAGAAUCCCAACUUUGAUGCAAGCAGGCUAUGCGACCGGGCUACUGUUCGUUUGUCCUUUGGGAGAUCUCUUACGGCGGAGGCCGCUGACACUAACACUGAUUGCCUUCACCGCGACAUUAUGGAUCGGGCUGUGCUUGACCCACAACUUCGAGAUCUUCUGUGCCAUCAGUUACAUCACAGCUAUCACGACUGUCAUUCCUCAAGUGAUGCUUCCUCUCGUCACUGAACUCGCACCGCCCAACCGCCGUGCCCUGGCAAUCUCCAUCACCACAUCAGGGAACCUCCUCGGACUCGUCUCUGCACGUCUUCUAUCAGGCGUCGUGACGAAUUUCACAUCCUGGCGCAACGUGUACUGGAUCGCCCUGGGCCUGCAAUACUCAAUCCUCAUCGUCCUGUGGCUCUUCAUGCCCGACUACCCCUCCUCAAACCCUGAUGGACUCAAUUACUUCAAAAUGAUCGGCGGCAUCAUCUUACUGUAUCCCAAACACGCCGUACUCGUACAAGCCGGCCUGAUCAGCUACUGUAUCUCCUCAUGCUUCACCUCCUUCUGGACAACCCUGACCUUCCUCCUCGCCGAUCCGCCCUACGAAUACGCACCCAUCACAAUCGGCCUCUUCGCGCUGAUCGGCAUCGCCGGCAUCGUCAUGGGCCCCGUCUACGCCAAAUACAUCAUCCAACCCUUCGCACCCGCCUUCUCAUGUAUCACAGGCUGCGUGGUUCUCGGUAUCGGUGUCAUCCUAGGAACUUAUUCAGGGAUGCACACGGUUGUCGGACCGAUCAUCAUGGCGUUCGCACUCGAUGCAAGUUUCCAGAUCACACAGACCGCCAACCGCGCGGCGAUCCAUUCCAUCGAGCCCAAGGGCCGUAAUCGCGUCAAUACGGCGUUCAUGCUGUUCACUUUCAUGGGCCAGAUGACGGGCACGUCUGCCGGGGCGGAACUCUACUCCAGAGGAGGCUGGGUCGCGAGCGGGAGUCUCAGUGUUGGCUUCGUGGUCUUGGCGCUUGUGCUCUGUGUUGUUCGGGGCCCGUAUGAGCAGGGUUGGGUUGGCUGGAGCGGAGGCUGGGAUAUCAGGAAGCAGAACCUUGCGCAGGCCACGGGCGGAGAACAGACGGUCGCGAAUGUGGCUGCUCCGCCUGUUGCGGUGGCGGUCGGACAUGACCGUAUUGAUGAAAAUGGGAAGAGUGCUUUUGAUAUGGAGACGGACGUUGAGAGAAACGGCAGUCAGGAUGGGAAAGAACCGGGCUUGAAAGGGCAUAUCAAGUAA